AUGACGGGACAGCUCAUUGUCCCCAACCCAUUUCCACCUCCAACCCCACCCCAUCCCCACCUCCACCCCACCCUAUCUCUACCUCCACCUCCAUUUCAUCUCCAUCUCCAUCUCCAAUCCCACCGCAUCCCAUCUCCAACUCCACUCCAUUCCAUCUCACCACCCCCCACACACUUCUCCACCUCAAACGCCCACCACAUUCACACCUCCAAACAAUCCCCAUCUACAUCUACAUCCCCACUCAAUCUUCUACUCCAAUCCCUAACAAUAUCUACACCUCAACCUCAUCUCCACAACCACACCAUCUACACCUCCAGCCCUAUCCCCUCUCCACCCAAUCCCACCUACACCUUCAUCCCCAUCCCAUCUACACCUCUAACUGAAAUCCAUCUUUACCUCCAGCCCCAACCCAUUUCCACCUCCAACCCCAUCCCAUCCCCACCUCCACCCCACCCUAUCUCUACCUCCACCCCCAUUCCAUCUCUAUCUCCAUUCCCACCUCAUCCCAUCUCCACCUCCACCCCCAUUCCAUCUACACCUCCAACCCCUAACCCCGUCUCCACCUCCACCCUCACCCCAUCUCCAACUCCACCCCCCAUUCCAUUUCAACCUCCAACCCAUCUACACCUCCAAACCCAUCGACUCUACACCUCCAAACCAACCCUAUCUACACUUCUACCUCCAUCCAUCUGUAUCUCCAACCCCUAA